AACAUACACAUCUUCCUCCUCUAUUUUUUUUUUGCAACCAAACAAGCCCUUAGAUUAUUAUUAUCAUUCUUUCUAAAACUUCUAUGGAGUUGGUUUCCAAAUUUAGCCAAAAUUCAACCAUACAAAAUCUCCAUAACUUACCAAUAAUAGAACAUUUCAAAUUCCUCGUUAUUUUACUCUUUUCAUUACUCGAAUCCUUUCUUAUUCUCACAAAAUGCGACCUAUUUUUUCAAAUUAUUAUCCCCGUUUUAUGCACAAUUUCAUACAUUAUUAUAUUUCGUUAUUUUCUCUUGAAACCUCCUAAUAUUUACUUAGUCGAUUUUUCGUGUUUUAAACCUCCAAACUCUUGUAGAAUCCCACUUACUUCGUUCAUAGAACAUGUCCAUUUAUCCGAAAAUUUUGAUAAACAAAGUGCGGAUUUUAUGUCCAAGAUCCUUAUUUCUUCGGGCCAAGGCCCGGAGACUUACGUACCGCCAUCUUUGCAUUACAUCCCUCCAAGGCCCGCCCAUUUUGAUUCCAUGGAUGAGGCUAAAAUGGUAAUUUUCCCCAUGAUGGAGGAUCUUCUAAGGAAGUCCAAUCUUUCUCCUUUUGAGAUUGAUAUCCUUAUUGUGAAUUGUAGUGGGUUUUGCCCUUCCCCUUCGUUGACUUCUUUGGUAGUCAACGAGUUCAAACUUAGGCCCAAUAUUAAGGCCUUUAGUCUCUCUGGAAUGGGCUGUAGUGCUAGUAUGAUUGCAAUGGGCCUGGCCCAAAACUUGUUCUUGGUCCAUAGAGAAUCGAAUGCGGUUAUUUUGAGUACUGAGAUCCUAAAUACGGGUUGGUAUUCGGGUAAUGAUCGGCCCAAAUUGGUCCUAAACUGUCUCUUUCGGAUGGGCGGGGCUGCUAUUUUGUUAUCAAAUAAAAAACAGGCCCGAAAAGAGUCCAAAUACCAAUUAAUUUGGUCAUCAAGGACCCAACGGGCCGUUAUUGAUAGGGCUUAUAAGUCCGCAUUUCGAGAAGAGGACUCUAAUGGGCUUACUGGUGUGACCCUUAAUAAGGAUAUCCUAGAAGUCGCCUCGGAUAUGAUCCGGGCCCAAUUAAUCGCUCUCGGGUCCGUCAUGUUACCCGUUUCGGAGAAGUUAAAGUUUGUUACAUCUAUUAUUAAGAAGAGAUAUUGGAAGAAAUCGGCCGAGAUUUAUGUGCCGAAUUUUAAGACGAUUGUACGACAUUUUUGCUUGCCGGUUUCCGGGAAGCCGGUGAUACGAGAAAUAGCGAAAGGGUUGAAGUUAGGGGAGAGAGAAAUGGAGGCAGCUUUGGCUACAUUGCAUAGAUUUGGCAAUCAAUCUUCUUCAUCUUUGUGGUAUGAAUUGGCUUAUUUAGAAGCUAAGGAAAAAGUGAGGAAAGGGGAAAGAGUUUGGAUGCUUGGAAUGGGAAGUGGGCCUAAGUGUACUAGUGUUGUUUUAGAAUGUAUUAAGCCCAUUGUUGGUGAGUCCAAUAAGGGCCCAUGGGCUCGGUCCAUUGACAAGUAUCCAGCUUUAGCAUUCAAUAGUUAAAUGUUGAAGUCAUUUUGUAACAAUUUUUAUUGGCUCUUUCAAAAAAUGUACAGAUAAUAAAAUUUCAUCCCAAAACCAAUUUCCCAACAUUA